AUGGAUGCAACAGAACAAGAAAUAUUUACAAUUAUUAAUAAUCAUCGUCAACAAAAUGGUUUACCAUUACUUCAGCCAUCUGUUAAUCUUGCUUAUGUUGCUCAUACACAUGCUAUUGAUGUUAUUGAAAAUGAUCCGGAUGUUAAUGGUGGUAAUAUGCAUAGCUGGAGUAACAAAGGAAAAUGGAAACCAGUUAGAUAUACACCUGAUCAUGCACAAGCCCAGUUAAUGUGGAGUAAACCAUCUGAAAUAAGUAAUUAUAAAUUUAAUGGUUUUGAAAUUUCAUUUGGUUAUG